AUGGCCACUCGCUGUGUUUUCGAGAAUACUCAUGAAAUCGGCGUGUUCGCCGCUUUGACCAACUCCUAUUGCCUGACCGGCGUUGGUGGGUCUGAGAAUUUCUACUCGAUAUUCGAAUCAGAGCUGUCGGAGCAUAUUCCUGUAAUCCACGCGACAAUAGCCGGAUGCCGCUUUGUUGGAAGGACAACCGUGGGCAAUCGACGCGGACUGUUAGUCCCCAACACUACCAACGACAUGGAGCUCCAACAUUUGAGGAACUCCUUACCAGACUCGGUGGUGGUGCAACGUAUCGAAGAACGUCUGUCGGCGCUGGGCAAUAUUAUCGCUACCAACGACCAUGUGGCGCUGGUGCAUCCCGACACGGAUAGAGAAACGGAAGAUGUCAUCGCCGAUGUGCUCGGUGUGGAGGUAUUUCGACAAACGGUGGGGGGGCAAUCCCUGGUGGGAAGUUAUAGCAAAUUCACAAACCAAGGAGGGAUUGUUCAUCCACGCACCACCGUCGAAGAUAUCGAGGAACUUUCCUCCCUGCUGCAGGUCCCUCUGGUGGCUGGCACCGUCAACCGAGGUUCCGAUGUCCUCGGAGGCGGGCUUGUCGUUAACGAUUGGUCCGCUUUCGUGGGGUUGGAUACCACCGGAACGGAAAUAUCUGUCAUUGAAAGCAUUUUCAAACUCUCCCGACAAGGACGCCAACAAACACAAUCCAGCAUGGUGACUGAUAUGAGAAGCUCUCUCAUUGACCAACUAUCUUGA